UAUCUUUGAAGUGUGCAGACAGAUCAUGCGAAAGACAGGUGAGGAAAAUGUAAUAGUUCAACUGUUAACAAACUACGUAGAUAAUUAGCAUUAAUUUUUUUUAACACUAAUCAGUUAAUAUUUAUAGCAUAAUGUAUCUCAGUAUUUUAGGGAACAGGCAAUAUAAUUAAGAAAUAGACCCUAAAAUGGCGCUGUUAGCAAGGCACUGACGAGUCAUCUCGAUUGUUUUGACUGACCACACACACACGCGCGCGCGCGCGCAUACACACGAAUAAUUGGAAAACGUUGAAUACCAACACGAUGCCUAAAAGAGUGGCAAAAAAAAUAAUAGGCACAAACGUUCGCACCGACAGAUGUUUCAAUCCUUUUGAUUUGAGUGGUCACUCAAGUAAAGCGCUGCGAUUGCGAAAAGUUACCAAAGAUCAACUACGUCAACUUAAUGUACCAAUAACUGCUGAGGCAUUAAAACAAACAAUUUGCGAUUCCUGUCGUCUGCGCAUCUCAAAAAGUAUAAACGAAAAUAAAGAUACAGAUGCAAUUGAAAUGCAAGAACAUGAAAAAGAACCAUCUAAUGAAGAAUCUGAUGUAAAAUCGAGUAGUGAAGGAACCUCGGGAUUUUCAGGUGGAAACGAAAAGUUUUUGAAUGACAGAGUUGAUCGUUUAAAUGAAGGAUUACGUUUCUUGGGAGCAUCACCUAUUAAAAAACGCAAAUUAACUCAAAAACGUUAUUCCGAGGAAAAAAUUAAAAAAAUUACGGAGGCGAUUAAGAAAAAAGUUUUUCAUGCAAACGACGAUGGUCCAGAUGAUGUUGGUGAAGAUGAUGAUGAUGAUGUCACAAUUUUAAGAACCUUACAAGAAAGUUUCAAUACCAGUACAGACCGAUCUCAUAAAGUUAAAAUUUUGACUAUUUUCAGACACUGGUUUUAUCAGAAAAUCCAGGUGCACUUUCCCACAGCUACUCGCCAUAUGAUAACUAUUGCAAAAAAUAUUGCUAAAGAUAAAGGAAUAUUAGGCGAUCCAAAUCCCAAAAGCCAUCCAUCUUUAGGAGCAGAUGUUACAAAUAGCAUAAUGAACUUCUAUCAGUCUGAUGAACACACACAAAUUAUGCCCGGGAAAAAAGAUUUCGUCUCCGUGAUAUUUAGCAGUAUGCGACCAAAACACUGUGUGCUGGCAGGAGCCAGUGGCACUCAUUCGGUGUGUGUGUGUCCGAUACACGAAAAUAUUAAACUCUUGAUAGAUGGGGCGAAUUUGAAAUGUAUCACAGCUGACUCCAAAAGACCAAUUACUAAUUAUCAUGAUUGUUUGGAUCGUAUGAUGUGUGAUGUUCAAUCUACUAAUUGUUUUUUGGGAUUAUGUGAUAAGUGCCCUGGUGUAGAAAAUAUUAUUGAAGAAUUACAACAAACUUUCAAUGACAAACUCAUCGAAAAUGUUAAGUACAAACAUGAAAAUUAUGCAUUUGUAUUACAAAAUUCUGUACAAGGUGUGCACUGGAAUAAUGAUCAAGCAACUAUACAUCCAUUCUCAAUUUAUUAUAAAGAUAAUGAAGGUGAAGUAAAAGUCAAAAGUUUCGUUUCCAUUUCUGAAUGCUUACAUCAUAACACUAUUGCUGUUCAUCUCUUUCAAAAACAACUAGCUGAAAUUAUAAAAACGAAUUUGAAAGGUGUUGAUAAAAUAAUAUAUUUUUCGGACGGUGCAAAUUUUGGAAUAGCAGCCGAAUGGCAUUUUUUCCCAACGUCCCAUAGCAAGGGACCAUGUGAUGGAAUAGGUGGAACGUUAAAACGACUUGCUGCUAGAGCUAGUCUUCAAAGGAUAAAUAAUCCUAUUCGAACACCCCAAGAAUUAUUCACUUGGGCAACAGAAGCUUUGCAUAAUAUAACGUUCGACAAAUGA